CAGCCGAAAUACUUCCUCACCGCGUGCGCCAUGAUUAAGGACGAAAUGAACGUCAUCCUGGAAUGGAUCGAGUUCCACCGUAUCCAGGGCGUGGAGCACUUUGUCUUCUUCGACGACGCCAGCACCGACGAUAUCCAUCUGCUUCCCCGUUUGUACGAAUCCCUGGGUUAUCCCGAUCUCGUGGAGAUCAUCCCGCAGAACUUUAGGAAGCGGAAUAAACAGAACGAUCAUUCGUACCGGGACCACGAUCAAGGACAGAUGCAGGCGUUGAACCACUGCAACUCACGCUUGACCGGUGUCACGGAGUGGUUGCUCGUCACGGACGUCGAUGAAUUCACGUUCUCCAGCAAGUACCACACCAUUGCGGAUUUUAUCCGCAACACCACUACCAAUGACACGAGACACAUCAGCGCCAAAGUCAUUCGGUUCGGAUCGAACGGUGUCCAGCACGAAAACCUUGUACGCUUAUCGCUGGAUCCGUACACAGACCAAAUAACGGUAACCAAUGUGUUGCGUAAUGGUGAUGCGCUACUGACAUCUCGGAAUCGUCGACGGGGUCCGUUUCCCGGUCUGGAUGCCGAUUAUCAGAAGCGCUACAACCAGACAUGCGCACCGACCAAAAAACCUGAUGACUGUCAGCACGCCAUUGGGAAAUCCAUCUGGCGCCCCACCAGUGCGGGUUGGCCGGGGUGCACUGGUGCGAGAAGAUCCCGGAUGGAGUGCGGAUGAAUCCCACGCUGGAGGAGUUGCGGAUUAAUCACUACGCGUUCCGCUCGAAGGAGCACGUGGAGAAUCUCCCCAAGAACCAGAUGGGCAGCAUCAAAGGCAUGGCGGUUUGCGGAUGAACUGAAUGUAUGCGUAUUAUCCCGUG